GUUCACUCUAUAUUCUCCAAUACCUUUAUGUUCACUCUAUGUUGUAUGGACCUCACUCUGUGAAAAUCUAAUAGUAUAUUUUAGUAACUUGAUGAAAAGUUUUGCCCAUAGCUUAAGGAAUAUAUAUAUAUAUUUAUAUAUAUACUAUUCCUACCUUCCAAGCCUCAUUUCACAUCCAAAUUGAUCUCUUUUCAAAUAUAAAUCUAUUAUAACAUUCUCCACCAUUAUUACCUUAUUUUUCCAUAAUCUUCAAAUUAUGGUGUUCAAGAAAAUUGGUGAAGGAGUUCUCCAUGUCAUGAGUGAAGCAAUCAACAUACUUGGUCUACCCUUCCAUGGAAGAGACGAAGAAAUUGAAGAUGAAAUAAUAGAACUAUGUUAUGACAAAUAUUUUAGAACCACAAUGGCUGAUUUUUACCAUUCAAUUUGCGAUGCGGUCGAAGAAAUUAAUAGAAGGAAGGGACGUACACAAUUCAAGAUUCCAAGCACUGCAGCUAUAAGACGAGUAUAUCUACAUAGUGUGAAAGGAAAGAAAAUGACAAAGGAAAAAUUUGGAUUAUGUAUGCAUGAACUAUAUGGUGAAAGUGGAAUUACUGGAUUUGGAGCAAAAGAAACAUUAUAUUAUUUAUUUGGAGUACCAGCCACAGCAUUAUUCAUAAAAAAUAAAAUAAAACCACAAGCAAUUUCUGAUAAUGAUUUUAUUCCUGGUGUUACUUCUGCUACUGUACUUAUUCUUUCUAAAUUUAAUAAAAUCUAACAAAUUCAAGAAAACAGUUAAUUUCUUGAAAUUGUUAAUGAUUUGAAUGUGUAUAUACAAUUGCAAUGAAUCUUUCUCUUAUGAUUUGAUUUCGAUUAUUUGUUUAAGUUGUACACACUGAUGAUAUUAUAAAACAUAUUUUACACAA